AUGCUUAGAACAUGUAUUAUGCGCAGUCAUCCGGUUCGUACAGUCACUAAGAGAAACAUCUAUACAGCAAACAGGGAGCAGAUAUCACACAGGAACAUUUCCAACUUAGUGUUAUGUUAUGCACAGCCGCAGUCACCAUUUGGACAUACAUUUCUCAGUCAAAAAAAAUUCUUCGGGGUAAAAAGAGUUGUUCAGAAAAGAAAGUACAUGCUAAAAUUAAUACAACCACACCAGGAAAAGUUUGACGCGGAAAAAUACAAAACCUUUCUGGAAAAGGAAAACCUACGUGAAAAAAUUGACGUAAACAACAUCAACAUCGACAAUGAAAAGGAAGUUGAAUUAUAUGAAAAUUAUUUACUAAAUUAUAAAUACAACAAAAGGGAAGUUGAAAAGAAUGCACCCCUGCCGUUGUCCCUGUUGUCAUCUUCCUUCAUAAGAAGAACCAUUUACUCUAACAGGGAACACGUUUUAAAGAAUUUAAAAAACAUUAACUGGAAAAAGUAUUGUUGCAAUGUCAAAGGUGUGAGGUGGCAUGCUAGUGGGGCAUGGCGCGUCUACUUCUCUAAGAGAAAUUACCAGCAUAAUUUUUUUGUCAAAUGUGACUGCUAUUUUCGAGUGAGUAUUUACGGUUUUGAAAAAAGCAAAGAACUCGCCGUUCGGUAUAGGAAGAGGUUGGAGUAUGAGUACAUAUUGCUCAUGAAGCGCUGGAAGGAAAUCGAAAUGGAAAAUGCUAAAAAGAGAAAAAUGAUAAAAGAGUUCAAAAAGAAUAACCGGAACUUUGAUCAGGAAGAAGAUAGUGAACAAAAUGACGACGAAGGGUACUACAAAGAAAAUUCAAAACGCCAAGACGUAAACUAUUAA